AUGGUGCAGUUUCCCGAAGCUGGUGAAUUCCAUUUAAGAGUGGCGGAAAUGCCAUCGGAGAACGACAGGAUAUUGCCCAACGUAGUCUGGAGCCCCGUCGAUUUAAAUCCUAGCCCGUUAUAUGAAAUCGUCUUUACAGUUUUACUCGUAAAUGGAAUAAUGACUUACUUGGGCAACGUGGCAUACGAUUUUUUCUAUUCGUAUUGCGUGCAACACCUCAUCGUUCAAUUUGUAAUACUCAAGGAGUUGUUGAGAAAUAUAACAGAUGGUAUUAUGGACGACUCGUCAGAUGUUGAGAAAUUCAACUCGAAAUAUUUCCAAGACACUGUUAUGGAGAGGCUGAAGAUAUGCGCAGAGCACCAUUCCAGACUGUUAAAGUAUGGUAAAAAUAUAGAAAGCUUUUGUUCGUUAGUUUUAGUUCCACAGUUAGUCUUGACUUAUGCUGCAUUGGUGGUCAACGGAUUCAUGUUAAGUACAGACAGAAGCGAUAUCUCCAAAACUAUAGCUCUGUUCAACCUUUCAUUCACCACCUUCAUACAGUUGGUACAGUUCGCAAUACCCUCUAGUCAACUGAAUGCGCAGAGCAUAUCGGUGCUAGACGCCCUGUAUGGCUCCAAGUGGUAUCUCUUCAAUGCCCGUUUGAAGAAAGCUUGUACGUUCAUGAUGAUGAAUGGACAAGAAGGCAUAGUUGUCAAAGCAGGAGGAACCACUAGAAUAGACAAUCCUCUACUGGUAGAUAUGUUGCAAAAAGUAUUUUCAGCAGUUACACUAUUAAGGGCUUUAAUAGGUGUGGAUGGAAAUACAGCAAAAUAG